ACUAAACCAGUCCCGCAAGGGUAGUCCCUUACACGUGAGAAAAUCCUUUCAAACCGCUCAUCAUUCAGUCAAUUGCAUUCAGAGUCACACACUUCACGCAACUUGCGACCCAUCCAUCAUAGGUCUCUUUCCUGUAACGUGGACCCCUCUGGAGGAUGUGCCGACUUGUCGCAGUCAAAAGUACCACUCCGAUUCAAUUGGCCCAUCUACUUACCAGGCCACGACACUCGAUUAUCAAUCAGGCGUUUGACAGUCGCUUAAGGCUUGACCUCCGACGCCCUAUUAAUGGAGAUGGAUUCGGCGUUGGCUGGUAUGACUCUGUAGAAGACGAAGAGCUUGGGUCUCAGCCGUGCAUCUUCAAAUCCAUUACCCCAGCUUGGAAUAACGCUAAUCUGACCAGGAUAGCUGAGAAGAUCAAAAGCCCCCUAGUGUUCGGCCACGUGCGAGCCACGACGGCUGGGUCAUUAUCGCAAGACAACUGUCAUCCGUGGUCCUUCGGGAAGAUCAUGUUCAUGCAUAACGGGGGCAUCGCUGAAUUUGAAAAGAUAAAGCGAACACUUCAAGCUUCCUUGACCGACGAAAUAUUUCUGGUCCCGCAAGGCAAUACAGACUCAGAAUGGGCUUUCGCUUUGUACCUGUCUAAGCUGCCCGAUGUACACGCAUCAAAUUUCUCCCCUGAGAUUCUGCGUAAGGCCAUGCUUGAAACUAUCGCACAUCUGAACAAGAUGGCAAGGGAUGCAGGCAUCAGAGAGCCAAGCCUCCUGAACUUCAUCGUAACGGAUGGGUCGACGAUCGUAGCUUCCAGAUACGUCUCAUCUAGGACGGACGAAGCAGCAUCUCUGUACUUCUCCUCUGGCACGACCUUCAACGAAUACGCACCAGGGGGUCACUAUCGGAUGUCGAAGUCUGACAAAAGGGAAAAUAUCAUCAUGAUCGCUAGCGAGCCACUCACCUUUGAAAAAGCUGACUGGAUGGAGAUAAAGACAAAUACUUUAGUUGAUGAACAUCCUCCAGAUUCCAAUUAUCGAUGAGUUCUCGUCAUCGUCCAACUUGAAGAAACGCACCGUCGAGUUCGCCGCAGAGAAGGGAUUUUGGACUGAAAACCCACGGAAAACGCACAUGGGAUCUCCUGAAUCAGGCCACGAAAUUCGACAGAAUUAUCAGCAGCGGAUCACGGGCCCAUUACAAGUUCAGAACCCGCAAGCAGUGAUACACAAUAUGUCUGAAGGAGUCUGCUUUGUGACUAAGCGCGAGAAUCAGGACGAUAGUCGUGAUGACGUCCCCCAAUGUCCCAUCGACAUAGAACACUCCGAUAGUUCUGUAACAUUUGUGUCAUCCAUGCUAAUUACACACUGUGCAUCCAUUCGAAAUUGCGUUAAACUCUAUGUACAAUACGUCUACCAAUUUCCAAGGCUGGUUACCUCGCCUCUG